AGAUGAAAUUAAAGGGUGUAAGAAGAAGUCAGAAGCUCUAGAAGGUAGAAGCUGUAAGAACAAGAAGAAUAAGAAGAAGGAGAAGCUGGUAUCCAGCUGAAACAAGAAACAAACCUGAGAAGAUAUAAAAUAGUGGGUGACUUGUGGGGGACAUAUUAGAGUAUCAAAAGCUACUAACCAAUUAUGGGGAUUAGAGGUCAUUUCAUCAUAUUUCUAAUUGUCCUGGUUGGCUCACUUGCUCGGGGUGAAGGUGUAAUUCAAAAUUAUGACUCAAAUUCUGUUGAUCGUAGAAGUUUUCCUAAGGGUUUCAUAUUUGGCACAGCAUCAUCUGCUUACCAGUAUGAAGGUGCAACGAAUGAAGGAGGUAGAGGAGCUAGUAUAUGGGACACCUUCACUCAUCGCUACCCACAUAAGAUAAAGGAUGGUAAAAAUGGAAACCCUGCUGAUGAUUCCUAUUAUCGUUACAAGGAAGACGUGGCAAUAAUGAAAUACAUUGGUUUUGAUGCAUACAGAUUUUCGAUCUCAUGGUCCAGAUUAUUACCGCGUGGAAAUAUAAGUGGGGGAGUGAACCAAGAGGGCAUUAAAUAUUACAAUAAUCUCAUCAAUGAGCUCCUAUCCCAUGGACUGAAGCCAUUUGUGACUCUAUUCCACUGGGACCUUCCACAAGCCCUUGAAGACACCUAUGGUGGUUUUUUAAGUCCCAAAAUUGAGAAUGACUUUAGGGACUAUGCUGAGCUUUGCUAUAAAGAGUUUGGAGAUAGGGUGAAGCAUUGGAUCACCCUAAAUGAACCUCUAACCUUUGCUGCCCUGGGAUAUGGAAAUGGUGCAUUUGCGCCAGGUAGAUGUUCAAAGAGUUUGUUCUCAAAUUGUAAUAAUGGUGAUUCAGCUACUGAACCCUACUUAGUUGCUCACCACCAACUUCUUGCUCAUGCGGCUGCAGUUGAAGUUUAUCGACACAAGUACCAGAAAUCUCAGAAGGGUCAAAUUGGGAUUACACUAAAUUCACCAUGGGUAUUGCCAUAUUCCCAGUCAAAUGCAGAUAUUGAUGCAGCAUCUCGAGCCCUUGCUUUUGCGUAUGAUUGGUUUAUGGAACCACUAAAUUCUGGUCAUUACCCAGCUGAAAUGGUUGCCCAUGUCCAUGAAAGAUUGCCACAAUUUUCUAGAGAGCAAUCUUCUAUGGUUAAAGGGUCUUUUGAUUUCAUUGGUAUAAACUAUUAUAGUACCAAUUAUGCUAAAGAUGUUCCUUGCGAAAACCAGCCACCUAGCUACUUCAAAGACUCUUGCAUUAACAACACAGAUGAGCGAAAUGGGAUUCCCAUUGGUCCAAAGGGUGCUUCUGACUGGAUUAAUAUUUAUCCACAAGGAAUUCAAGAUCUAUUACUAUACACAAAGAAUAAAUACAACAACCCAAUCAUCUAUAUCACUGAGAAUGGAAUCAAUGAGUUUAAUAAUGGUUCUAUAUCACUUGAGGACAACAGCAGAAUUGACUACCACAGUAGUCAUCUUUCUUUUGUAGGAAGUGCUAUAACGAAUGGAGUCAAUGUGAAGGGAUACUUUGCUUGGUCACUAUUGGACAACUUUGAAUGGGCCGAUGGUUACACUAUUCGCUUUGGGUUAGUCUAUGUAGAUUACAAGGAUGGGCUGAAAAGAUAUCCUAAAAAUUCAGCCAAGUGGUUCAAGAAGAUUUUGAAUUAAUAAAAGUUUGGGGCUGUUUGGUAGGGUGUUUUGAGCAAUAAUUUUCAGUGUUUAAACAAUAUUACACACAUUUUCAGAUUUUC